AUGACGCGCAUUCAAUCACACGAAUAUAGCCGUCCUUUGUAUCACACUCCUUCUCAAAAUUCCUUCGGACAACCAUCGGGCCUGCGCUCAGGGUUCAGCCCAGCUUCCCAGUCUGUGUCUGUGGUGGUGAGGAAUCCACCUACGGCGACCGAUAACACUUCCGAGAGCAGCGAAGAGACACAUGGAGGAGUAGACCUGACCAGAUGCGGUUCGAAUGAAGGUGGCAUCAAAGAAAGCGAUCUAUACUAUGCGCCGAUGCCAGUGGGGGUAGUUCAAACCAGCGAUGGAGAUGGGUCACGGUCGAUAUCGAGAUCAACCACUAACAGAGGCACGAAGCGCAGCCACAAUGCCGACGAUGAGCUCGAUGGAGACACCUCGCGGCAGCAUAGACGUCUCACGACCAAAGAAGAAGUAGCGCUCUUCGAGAUUUGCAACCAAAACGCAGACACCUUCGGCAGCCGCAGUAACCUGUGCAAAUGGUGGAUAUCCAUUGCGAACGAGUUCAAGCGUACCCACGAGGGCCGCUCAUACUCGUGGCACUCGGUGCGACGCAAAGUUGAAAUCGUAACGAGGCAGCGCAUCAAGUUCCUCGAGGACCAGCGACAGCGGGGCUCGAACGCACCCGGCUCAACGGCCGAGGAGUUGAUGAACCCACAAUGGCUCGCUGCCGUCGAUGCCUGGAUUCCAACCUGGCAGCGGUGGGAAGAAGCCGAGAACCAGCGUAUUGCAAAGCGGGACGAGAUGAAGAAGCGUAGACAGCCGCAGCCCUGGCGCCAAAAUUCCAAGAACGGAGACCAGGAUCCAUGGCAGAACCUGCCUGCAUCAUCUGCCACUAGCCCGACUGAUGUCAAUACCUCAAUGAUGGGUAUGAUGCAUCACCCCGUGGUGAACACUGUCGAUGAUGCCACCUUGCCGGCUACUAGCCCUACGCCCUCGCCCUCAAUGACUGGCCCUGUACCACCCACGCAUUUCCUCGAACCACCAUCCACCCCUCUCUCUACAGCUACCUCAUUGAAGUUACCACCUGGCUUCGAAAAUAUGUUCUCAACCCCACAACUCACAUCCCAAGUCGCACUUAUCCCCGCCAUAUCCACACCGCCAGUUCCACAAUCCGAUGGCCGCAUGGUCUCAGCCGUCCUCGAAACCCUGGGGAAACUGAACAAACACCUAGACGCCACAUCGGGGGGUAGCAUAGAUGCGAGUGCCGCCUCACCCAUGAUCUCGGCUUUGGUACAAGCUGCCUCGGAAUCCCCGGCUCUGACUUCUCCCCGGCAAUCACAACUCCCGCCAGUACAGUCUGCAUUCCAGCAACAGCCACAAUUACCGCAAGGUCUCAUUCACAUUCAAAUUGAAAAAAUGAAGGAAGAGCUCCGGCAGGAGAUGCAGGCCCAGUUUCGAGCUGAGCUGGAGCGAGAACGCAUUGCGAUGGAAGAAAAGCUGGAUUCUGUGCAACGGACUCAAGACCUGAUUCUUGAGAUGUUGAGACAGGAGCCGGCUUGA